UAGGGAGGUAAGGGGUGCUCGAUAAGAGUACUUGGCCAGAAGCGGUGUUAAUGGUAUGAGGGGUGGGAUUAUGCAAAUAUGUGAUCUCCUUCAACCGAGUCUCAGUUAUGGGUGUGGAAAAUCGGGACCGCGAAUUCAGAGCCCUAGAGUGGGAGUUAACGACAUUAGAUUCCCGCACGGCUCUAGGAUGUCUGGACCCAACUGCCAAGCAGGGAGUGCUUAGAAUGCUGAAUGAACCGAAUGAAGCCCCUGCUCCUAAGGAGGUACUUGCUGUGAUCGCACUUUUCAACUCCCAGCGACAGAUCUCCAUUUUACUCCCUCCAUCAAGCCUCAAGGCCCCCUUGUGCAUCCGUGGUGGCUUCUCCACCCUCUCUGUUCUCCUCUUGUCCUCCUCCCCAUGGCCCAGUUAUGAGUGGCCCCCUGGAAGGGGCUGAUGGGGGAGGAAACCCUAGGCCCGAAGAAUCUUUUUGUUCUGGAGGAGUCCCAUCCCCUGGACCCCCACAGCAUCGGCCCUGCCCAGGCCCCAGCCUGGCUGACGAUACCGAUGCUAACAGCAAUGGCUCAAGCGGCAAUGAGUCCAAUGGGCACGAGUCCAGAGGUGCAUCUCAACGGAGCUCACAUAGCUCCUCCUCUGGAAAUGGCAAGGAUUCGGCCCUGCUGGAGACCACUGAGAGCAGCAAGAGCACAAACUCUCAGAGCCCAUCCCCACCUAGUAGUUCCAUUGCCUAUAGCCUCCUGAGUGCCAGCUCUGAGCAGGACAACCCAUCUACCAGUGGCUGCAGUAGUGAACAGUCAGCCAGAGCAAGAACCCAGAAGGAACUCAUGACUGCACUUCGGGAGCUCAAGCUUAGGCUGCCACCUGAGCGUCGGGGCAAGGGCCGCUCUGGGACCCUGGCCACUCUACAGUAUGCACUAGCCUGUGUCAAGCAGGUGCAGGCUAACCAGGAGUACUACCAGCAGUGGAGCCUCGAAGAAAGUGAGCCUUGUGCCAUGGACAUGUCCACCUACACAUUGGAGGAGCUGGAACACAUCACAUCUGAAUACACACUUCGCAACCAGGAUACCUUCUCUGUGGCUGUCUCCUUCCUGACUGGCCGAAUCGUCUACAUUUCAGAGCAGGCAGGUGUCCUGCUGCGUUGCAAGCGGGACGUGUUCCGAGGUGCCCGCUUCUCGGAGCUCCUGGCUCCCCAGGAUGUGGGUGUCUUCUACGGCUCCACUUCCCCAUCUCGUCUGCCCACCUGGGGUGCUGGGGCCUCUGCAGGUUCGGGCCUCAAGGACUUUACCCAGGAGAAGUCUGUCUUUUGCCGUAUCAGAGGUGGUCCUGAUCGGGAUCCAGGGCCUCGGUAUCAGCCAUUCCGCCUAACUCCAUACGUGACCAAGAUUCGGGUCUCAGACGGGGCCCCUGCGCAGCCAUGCUGCCUGCUCAUUGCAGAGCGCAUCCACUCGGGUUAUGAAGCUCCCCGGAUCCCACCUGAUAAGAGGAUCUUCACCACAAGGCACACACCCAGCUGCCUCUUCCAGGAUGUGGAUGAAAGGGCUGCCCCACUGCUGGGCUACCUGCCCCAGGACCUCCUGGGGGCCCCAGUGCUCCUGUUCCUCCAUCCUGAGGACCGACCCCUCAUGCUGGCCAUCCACAAGAAGAUUCUACAGCUGGCUGGGCAGCCCUUUGACCACUCCCCCAUUCGCUUCUGUGCCCGUAAUGGAGAAUAUGUCACCAUGGACACCAGUUGGGCUGGCUUUGUGCACCCUUGGAGCCGUAAGGUGGCUUUUGUAUUGGGCCGCCACAAAGUUCGCACUGCACCCCUGAAUGAGGAUGUAUUCACUCCCCCGGCCCCCAGCCCAGCUCUGUCCCUGGACUCUGAUAUCCAGGAGCUCUCAGAGCAGAUCCAUCGUCUGCUAUUGCAGCCUGUUCACAGCUCCAGCCCCACAGGGCUCUGUGGUGUUGGCCCUAUGACAUCCCCAGGCCCUCUCCACAGCCCUGGCUCCUCCAGUGAUAGCAAUGGGGGUGAUGCCGAGGGGCCUGGGCCUCCUGCUCCAGUAACUUUCCAGCAGAUCUGUAAGGAUGUCCAUCUGGUGAAACACCAGGGACAGCAGCUCUUCAUUGAGUCCCGGGCCCGGCCUCCACCCCGGCCUCGCCUCCCUGCUCCAAACAUAUUCAAGGCCAAGGCCCUUCCAUGCCAGUCUCCUGACCCAGAGCUGGAAGCAGCGCCUGCUCCCAUCCAGGCCUCGCUUGCCUUAGCCCCUGAGGAGGCCGAGAGGAAAGAAGCCUCCAGCUGUUCCUACCAGCAGAUCAACUGCCUGGACAGCAUCCUCAGGUACCUGGAAAGCUGCAACAUCCCCAGCACGACCAAGCGUAAAUGUGCCUCCUCUUCCUCCUACACUGCCUCCUCUGCGUCUGAUGAUGACAAGCAGAGGACAGGUCCAGUCCCUGUGGGGGCCAAGAAAGAUCCUUCGUCGGCAGUGCUGUCUGGGGAGGGGGCCACUCCUCGGAAGGAGCCAGUGGUGGGAGGCACCCUGAGUCCGCUCACUCUGGCCAAUAAGGCGGAGAGUGUGGUGUCCGUCACCAGUCAGUGUAGCUUCAGCUCCACCAUCGUGCAUGUAGGAGACAAGAAGCCCCCGGAGUCGGACAUUGUCAUGAUGGAAGACCUGCCUAGCCUAGCCACAGGACCAGCCCCCAGCCCGGCCCCCAGCCCCACAGUAGCCCCUGACCCAGCCCCGGAUGCCUACCGCCCAGUGGGCCUGACGAAGGCUGUGCUGUCCCUGCACACACAGAAGGAGGAGCAAGCCUUUCUCAGCCGAUUCCGAGACCUCGGCAGGCUUCGUGGGCUUGACAGCUCUUCUGUAGCCCCCUCAGCCCCUGGGGAGCGAGGCUGCCACCAUGGCCCUGCACCCCCUGGCCGCCGACACCACUGCCGAUCCAAAGCCAAGCGCUCACGCCACCACCAGAUUCCCCGGGCCGAAGCCCCCUGCUGUGUCUCCCACCCCUCAUCUGUGCCCCCUUCUGGCUCCUGGCCCCCUCCACCAGCCUCUACUCCCUUCCCAGCAGUGGUCCAGCCCUACCCUCUCCCAGUGUUCUCUCCUCGAGGAGGCUCUCAACCUCUCUCUGUCCCCAACUCUGUGUCCCCGACUGCUUUCCCUUCCCCACUUGUGACCCCCGUGGUAGCCUUGGUACUCCCUAACUACCUAUUUCCCACCCCACCCAGCUAUCCCUAUGGGGUCCCCCAGAUCCCUGUUGAGGGGCCUCCUACUCCCGCUUCCCACUCGCCUUCCCCAUCUCUGCCUCCACUCCCCCCCAGUCCCGUGCACCGCCCAGACUCCCCACUGUUCAACUCAAGAUGCAGCUCCCCACUCCAGCUCAACCUGCUGCAGCUUGAGGAGCCUCCACGCAUGGAGGGGGCUGCUGCUGCAGCAGGCCCGGGGAGCAGUGCUGGGGCCCCCCCUCCCAGUGAGGAGGCCGCUGAGCCAGAGGCCAGACUGGCGGAGGCAACUGAGUUCUCCAAUCAGGAUGCGCUGUCUGGCUCUAGUGACCUGCUAGAGCUGCUGCUGCAAGAGGACUCCCGAUCUGGCACAGGAUCUGCAGCCUCAGGCUCCCUGGGCUCUGGCUUGGGCUCUGGGUCUGGUUCUGGCUCCCAGGAAGGGGGUAGCACCUCCGCCAGCCUCACGCGCAGCAGUCAGAGCAGCCAUACAAGCAAGUACUUCGGCAGCAUUGACUCUUCAGAGGCUGAGGCUGGGGCUGCUCAGGCGAGGGCUGAGCCUGGAGACCAGGUCAUUAAGUAUGUGCUCCAGGAUCCCAUCUGGCUGCUCAUGGCCAAUGCUGACCAGCGUGUCAUGAUGACCUACCAGGUACCCUCCAGGGACAUGGCCUCUGUGCUGAAGCAGGACCGGGAGCGACUUCGGGCUAUGCAGAAGCAGCAGCCUCGGUUCUCAGAGGACCAGCGGCGGGAGCUGGGUGCUGUGCAUUCCUGGGUUCGGAAAGGCCAGCUGCCUCGAGCUCUUGAUGUGAUGGCCUGUGUGGACUGUGGUAGCAGCACCCAAGACCCUGGCCACUCUGAUGAACCACUCUUCUCUGAGCUGGAUGGACUGGGGCUGGAGCCUAUGGAGGAGGGCGGAGGCGAGGGUGGUGGUAGUGGUGGUGGUGGUGGUGAUGAUGAUGGUGGUGGUGAGGGUGAGGUCAGUGAGGAGACUCAGGCCCACGUUGAGGCCAAGGUCUCAAGUUCUCAGGACUCUGCCAUGGAGGAGGAAGAGCAAGGUGGGAGCUCACCCAGUCCAGCCUUACCUGCUACAGAAAAUGGCACUAGCUAGACUCCAUUUAGGGCCACUUCCAGCUGCCCAUGAGAGGCUUCCUUCUCCCAUGUUGCAAUUCCUAGAACUCAGAUGUUGCUGGACCAACCAAUAGAAAACCUCCCCAGCUUCUCCCACUGUCGGGGGCAGGACCCCCAUCACCAGCCCAGGAUCCAGGGGCUGCCUCUGGAGACCCUUAGAGAACAGGAAGGUGGAAGUUUUCAGUCCAGCCCAGAAGACUGCCACCUACGCCCUGGUGAGGAGUCCUUUCUUUCUCUGGAUGAGAUUGCUAACAAGCUGCUGAAGUGGUCUCUCCAAAUCCCAGCUGAGCCUGAGUCCCAGUCUGAAAUUUGGGGCCGCACUUAUUUAUUGGGGAAGACAGCUCUCUCUCCUGCCUCCUCUUCAGAUGGGAGGAGGGGAGCUUGGGGCCCAAGUAGGACCCAGGGGUUUGAACCCCUAGCUGCUCCAGGGUGGAGGAAGUUGGUGGACCAUGGAGUCCCUGGUGCUGCCCCUCAGGUGGGACCCAGGCGUUCUCAGCUCUACCCUCUACCAAUGGCAUUUGUGUUUUUGAUAUUGUGUCUUAUUAUUUUUAAUACAAAACAAAACAAAAACCAA